UUUAUAAUUGAAUAUCUUUCUUUUUAUAAGCCCACUACAAAAAAUCAUUUUAUGCAUCAAGGUUCAUAACCUAACUGUGGACUUAAGGACCAUAGACGAAUUUGCCUUGAAACAAUUUGUUGCAGAACAGACACAGCAAAUCCAUGGCGAGUUGGGCUGCAUCAGGGUUGGUCACACCUAAUGUUCUUACCCCCAACACCAACACACAUAAGACUACUAGCAUGCUGAUGUUCUCUCCCAAGAACGCCGCCAUCCCCAGGCGGCUUGUUGUUCUUAGGGCCUCCGAUGAGACUGCACCGCCCGCUGCCUCCGCCGGUGAAGCUCCGGCUGCUAAGGCUGCCAAGAAACCUGCGAUUGGACCCAAGAGAGGAGCUAAGGUGAGAAUUCUAAGGAAGGAAUCUUACUGGUACAAAGGCGUCGGAUCAGUUGUUGCGGUCGAUCAGGACCCUAAAACUCGGUACCCGGUGGUUGUGCGGUUCAACAAGGUGAACUAUGCAAAUGUAUCGACCAAUAACUAUGCAUUGGAUGAAGUCGAAGAAGUCGUAUGAGAUGAAACUCAUGUCUUGUUGUAAUAUUUUGUUAUUUGGAUGCUUAAUGGCUAGUUCUACUCUAAAUGGUGUAUCAUACUUCUCAGAGUUGGCCUCCACCUCUUUCUCAUAUACUCUCUUUUAUCUAUCUGGUCAACAUUUAGACACUAGAGAAAGAGUCCAUAAGAACCAUUUGGUUUGUUUAGCUUGCCAUCUUUUUUUAGACAUAAACAAAUUUGCCUGCACUUA